AUGGUGAACCAAACUUUACACCAACAUGAUGUUAUGCUGGUUGCUGACAUUCCUCUCUCAAGGUCUUGGCCCUCGGAUAGUCGCUACUGGUGGCCUACUAGUGAUGGUGUUUACACUUUCAAAACAGGAUACUGGCUCGGCAUGCUUGGCCGUGAACGUACCUGGCAGCUCGCUUUUAGUACCAUUGAGGCACCUAUGUGGAAGCGUGUUUGGAGUCUACAAGGCCCACCGAAGUUACGUCACUUCAUUUGGCAAGCGUGCAAAGGCAGCUUAGCUGUCAAAGCGCAACUUCGGCAUCGUCACAUUGUCCCAGAUGCAACUUGUCAAACGUGUGGUGCUCCUGAUGAAACUAUUAUUCAUGCUCUUUUCCAAUGCCCUCUAGUGGAUGAGAUUUGGAGACUUAGCUCCCUUGUAAGCAUGGUUAAUAUGGCUCCUUUCUCGGCUUUUGCGGAUCACUUUCUAUGGAUGAUGAACAAUGCCACUGUUGAGGAGUUUCACCUGUUCUCCACUCUCACUUGGGCUGCUUUGUUGUGUCGCAACAAGGCCCUCUUUGACACUUCGCCCCCUUCUCCAUCCUUGAUGGUUGUUGUGUUUUGUAGACUUGUGAAGGAUUAUGUGGAGUAUCAAAAAAAGGUGGGAAGUACCGCUAGAAAUGCUUCGUGUGGUGCUUCGGGCAGUUGGUCCAAACCCCUUGUUGGAUGGGUAAAGGUCAACGUGGAUGCUCAUGUGUCUAUGGGGAAUGGUGUUAGGCUAGGUGUGGUGACGAGGGAUCAUGAUGGUGAUGUUUUGGCGGCAACAGUGAUGAGAGUAAGAUCAAGGUGGGAGGCAAGUGGUGCUGAGGUUGCGGCUGCUCGCUACGGGGUUGGUAUUGCACGAAGAUUUGGUUUGGCUUGA